AUGGAGCUCUUACUGGGCCUACUGCUCCUGCGCCACCUACUGGUGGUCACCUAUGGCCAUCCCAUCCUGAAAGUGCCUGAGAGUGUGACAGGGCCUUGGAAAGGGGAUGUAAAUAUUCCCUGCACCUAUGGUCCUCUGCAAGGCUAUACACAAGUCUUGGUAAAGUGGCUGGUAGAACGUGGCUCAGACCCAGUCACCAUCUUUUUACGUGACGCUUCUGGAGACCAUAUCCAGCAAGCAAAGUACCGGGGCCGCCUGCAUGUAAACGACAAGGUUCCAGGAGAUGUGUCCCUCCAACUGAAUACCCUGGAGAUGGAUGACCGGAGCCACUACACAUGUGAAGUCACUUGGCAGACCCCUAAUGGCAAGCAAGUCGUGAGAGAUAAGAUCAUUGAACUCCGUGUCCAGAAACUUUCUGUUUCCAAGCCCACAGUGACGACUGGCAGUGGCUAUGGCUUCAUGGUACCCCAGGGAAUGAGAAUUAGCCUUCAAUGCCAGGCUCGGGGUUCUCCUCCCAUCAGUUAUGUUUGGUACAAGGAACAGACUAACAACCAAGAACCCAUCAAAGUAGGAGUCUUGAGUACCUUACUCUUCAAGCCUGCAGUGGUGACAGACUCAGGCUCCUAUUUCUGUACUGCCAAGGGCCGGUUAGGCUCUGAGCAGCACAGUGACACUGUGAAGUUUGUGGUCAAAGAUUCCUCAAAGCCACUCGAGACCAAGACUAAGGCACCUCCAACCAUGCAAUCCCCCUUCGAAGCAACAUCCACAGUGAACUCAUCCCAGGGCUGGAUCACUGAAGUGGAUGGCUACGUUGGAAAGACAAGUGCUGGGCCAGGAAAUGGUCUGCCUAUCUUUGCCAUAAUUCUCAUCAUCUCCUUCUGCUGUAUUGUGGUCACCACAAUGACUUAUAUCAUGGUCUGCCGGAAGACAUCCCAACAGGAGCAUGUCUGUGAAGUGGUCAGGGUGCAUGCCGGGGAGGCCAGUGACUCUGGUGAAACCAUGAGGGUGGCCAUCUUCACAAGUGGCUGCUCCAGUGAAGAGCCAGCUUCCCAGACACUGGACAACGACUACUCUGAUGAACCUUGCCUGGGCCAGGAGUACCAGAUCAUCGCCCAGAUCAACGGUGACUAUGCUCGCCUGCUGCACACGGUUCCCCCAGAUUAUGAGCUUCUGGUCACCAAGGGCAAGAGCAGCUGCUAA